AUGAUAAAGCUUUUUGUCAACAUCAUAGAGGACCUCAUUAGUUACGUCACUAAUAUACCCUCACAGCCACCCCCCAAUAUCGCAAACGCGACGGUGCACUUCGCAGAUAUCGCCCAACAGAAUCCCUGCGAUCCACGAGCCAUCGGUCUUACCCCUUGCAUCCGCAAAUGCGAGCAUGCCUGCCAAGUCACCUUUCAAUUCGACGACCCCAAAUGCAGCGAGGGUUACAGCAGCGCCAUCUGGUCCGACACCUGCUACAAGAACUUCAGAAAUGGCAAGUUUCGUAGGAAGUUUGAAACAAAGGGUUGUACCGACUACGAGAUUUGGUGGGGGACCCACCCUAUGCCUCAUGGUUCUGGCUGGGCGCGCGAUAUUACCCUUGAGAAAAAGGUCUAA